AUGGAUGAAGAACAUCGAGACAAGAAAGCACACAAAGCAUACUACGACAUGCUUCAUUUCGUUUCUGAUGUGCAACAGGGGAUUCCUAAUCUCUACCCUUGUGGAUCAAUCACAAAGGAAAUUGUUGAUGAAGAGGACACAUAUGACUACCUCCCUGGAAGAAGAUAUUUCAUCUGCAAAGACUUCGAGAAUGACGGCCUGCAUUUCAGGCAACCAUGGGUUAUGGGUGUGCAACAAGAGGUUGAAAGGCUCAAACUACAAGUUCUUGAGCAUGAUAAAAUUCUGAGAGAGUGUGAGGCACUUAAGGCACAGGUGAGCAUGCUGCUUAGGCGUGUGUCUGAGCUUGAGAGAGUCCCGUGA